ACCAGUGCCUGAUGUGAGCUAAUAGGAAACAGCUUGCUGGAGGGUGGGGAACAGAAUUCAGAAACUGCUAGGGUAGAGCUGCUGAAGAGGGGGGCUGGGAGAGGCUGGGUGAUUGAGACCAGCUGUUGCUCGUCCAUCUCAGAGAUCUUUGGACUCUGCCCAGGGGCAGGCUCACACCCUACCUACCCUAAGCCACAAGAAACCAGCACAGGUUGCUUGGGCAGCCCGAGGCACACUCUCCACGGUGGCUUCCCAGACUUCCUGAAACAAAAGAUUACAGAAGGAUCCUCAUCUAACAUCGAGACACAGCCAUCAACCUUAUUUGCUUCUGCCCAGGAAAGGCCUGGAAGAAGAGGCCACCAAACAACCCAACCCUCUCUCCAGUCCCUUGAUCUACUCGUCGCCUGCAUCUGGAGACCCAAUGGCCCAAGCCUACUGGCAGUGCUACCCCUGGCUUGUUCUCCUCUGUGCAUGUGCCUGGAGCUACCCAGAGCCCAAGUACCUUGGAAGGGAAGAUGUGAGAAACUGUUCAACCAGCCCUGAGCGCCUGCCAGUUACUGCCGUCAAUACAACAAUGCGGCUUGCAGCCCUCCGCCAACAGAUGGAGACCUGGAAUCUCUCUGCCUACAUCAUCCCAGACACGGAUGCACACAUGAGUGAGUACAUUGGCAAACCUGAUAAGAGGCGAGAGUGGAUUUCAGGCUUCACAGGGUCUGCAGGUACUGCUGUGGUGACCAUGGGGAAAGCAGCUGUCUGGACCGAUAGUCGUUACUGGACUCAGGCCGAAAGGCAGAUGGACUGCAACUGGGAGCUGCACAAGGAAGUUAGCAUUUCUUCCAUUGUCGCCUGGAUCUUAGCUGAAGUCCCUGAUGGACAGAACGUGGGCUUCGACCCCUUCCUCUUUUCUGUUGAUUCCUGGAAAAAUUAUGAUCAAGGAUUCCAAGACUCCAGCAGACACCUGUUAUCGGUUACAACCAACCUUGUUGACGUGGCAUGGGGGUCAGAGAGGCCCCCAGUGCCAAGCCAACCCAUUUAUGCCCUGCCGAAAGAAUUUACAGGGAGCACUUGGCAGGAAAAAGUAUCCGCUGUCCGAAGCUAUAUGGAGCACCAUGCCAAGACUCCAACUGGGGUCCUUCUAUCUGCACUUGAUGAGACAGCCUGUGAGUGGGGAUUUUUGAACAUGGGUCAGUCUGGUAGUCCCAAGCUUCCUGGACCUUGCAACAUACAGCUUUUCCUAAAACAACAACAUAUUCACCAGCUCCUACGAGCUCCCAAGAUCAUAGUCUGUGGAAACUCAGAGGGGAAGAGAGCAGCUGUUUGGGGCUAUAGAACAAGGAAGCCAGGGAGCUCCAAGCAAGUGGGGCUCUUCAACCUUCGUAGCAGUGACAUCCCCUAUAACCCCUUCUUCUACUCCUAUGCACUGCUCACGAACUCCUCCAUCAGGUUGUUUGUCAACAAGAGUCGCUUUAGCCUUGAGACCUUGCAGUACCUGAAUACAAACUGCACAUUACCCAUGUGUGUGCAACUUGAGGACUACAGUCAAGUUCGUGACAGUGUGAAGGCCUAUGCCUCAGGCGAUGUGAAAAUCUUAAUUGGGGUCAGCUAUACCACCUAUGGGGUCUAUGAAGUGAUACCCAAGGAGAAACUCGUGACAGACACCUACUCCCCAGUGAUGUUAAUCAAGGCUGUGAAGAACAGCAAGGAGCAGGCCCUUUUGAAGAGCAGCCACGUGCGGGACGCUGUGGCUGUGAUCCAGUACUUGGUCUGGUUGGAGAAGAACGUGCCCAAAGGCACGGUGGAUGAGUUUUCUGGGGCAGAAUACAUUGAUGAGUUACGACGGAAUGAAAACUUCUCCUCUGGACCCAGUUUUGAAACCAUCUCUGCUAGUGGCCUGAAUGCCGCCCUGGCCCAUUACAGCCCAACAAAAGAGCUGCACCGUAAGCUGUCCUCAGAUGAGAUGUACCUGGUGGAUUCUGGGGGGCAAUACUGGGAUGGGACCACAGAUAUCACCAGAACAGUACAUUGGGGCACUCCUACUGCCUUCCAAAAGGAGGCCUAUACUCGAGUGCUAAUGGGAAACAUCGAUCUGUCCAGACUUGUCUUUCCUGCUGCUACAUCAGGGAGAGUGAUAGAAGCCUUUGCCCGAAGAGCCUUAUGGGAAGUUGGGCUCAAUUAUGGUCAUGGGACAGGCCAUGGCAUUGGCAACUUCCUCUGUGUGCAUGAGUGGCCAGUGGGAUUCCAGUAUAACAACAUUGCCAUGGCCAAGGGCAUGUUCACUUCCAUUGAACCUGGAUACUACCAUGAUGGGGAGUUUGGAAUCCGUCUUGAAGAUGUCGCCCUUGUGGUAGAAGCAAAAACCAAGUACCCAGGGGACUACCUGACUUUUGAAUUGGUGUCCUUUGUGCCCUAUGACCGAAACCUCAUCGAUGUCAGGCUGCUGUCCCCAGAGCAGCUCCAGUACCUGAACCGCUACUAUCAGACCAUUCGUGAGAAUGUAGGCCCAGAGCUGCAGCGUCGCCAGCUGCUGGAGGAGUUUGCAUGGUUGGAGCAGCACACGGAGCCCCUGUCAGCCAGGGCCCCUCAUAUCAUCUCCUGGACCUCUCUGUGGGUGGCCUCUGCCCUUGCCAUCCUCAGCUGGAGUAGCUAGAGGCCCCUGAUUCUCCUGUGGACUGUUCACUUGUGUCUGGGGAUUCAUUUGCUUCUGCUCAGCUGUCCUCUCCCUAUGCCAUACAUGUCCCAAGGGCUACUGAUGGCUCACCACCUUGAAGCCACUGGCCAGAUCCCAGACAGUAUGUUCUACCUUCUCCCAGAUGUACAUACUUUAUCAUGAACUCCCACCCCUGGGCCCUGGGAUAUCAGAGCCUGCUACAGUGAGUCCCUCUCUCCCAAAGUAAAGGACCCUAUAGGGCAACACCCAGAGGGCUCCAUCCUAUCCCCACCUGCUGGAGAAGGCCAGAGCUUUUGCCACCCACACUGACUCCAGACUUUUAAAAGGUGCCUCUGGCCACUCUUACCCACAGGCCUACAGUAGCCUGUCUGCUGUAUUUGGAGAAGAAAGCUACUGGGUAGUCUGGUCUCAAACUCCCAUUUGUAGUAUUGGGGAGAACAGAUAAGUUGAAGUCAGCUGUGGCCUGGAACUGAACACCUCAGUCAAUAAUGUGUACCUACCUCUCCCCAUCUGUGAACCCGCAGCUUCUAAACUACCGCUGUGCCCCUUAACAAUGACCACAUUGGGAGUGAAGGCUCAGGAUUUAGACUAUGGAAUGGAGGGAAUGGCAAGGUGCUCUGGCUAUCCCAGGCUCCCCUGGUGCUUGGAGCAGUUUAAUCUUCUAAGGUAGAGCCGCCAUGGCAGUGCUAUUAAAGCCUCUCAUAUCUUUGAAAACCUCUUAACCUUGUGUGGGCAGACUCUGAUUCCCCCAUUUUAUAGAUGGGAAAACUGACUUUCAGACAGAAGGUGUGGCCUGCCUGAAGAGACUCUGCACUUGGUUAGGGGACGAGGUUGGGAGAUGAUGGGGCCAGAUGGGUUGGCAUUCUAGUUCCUUUGCCCAUCAGCACCAUGCCAAGCCUCUUACCCUACAUCUCAGCCCCUGCCUCAUUUAUUGAACCCACUGUCAUCAGUGGUUUCUCUGGUCUGGCCCUGUCUAGCCGUUAGCCACCUGGGCUCACAUCCUGCUAGAUGCUUAAAACAACUUUGCAAAG